AUGCCAGAUCUCAAGGCCCUCCACGCCUGUCGCAACGUCGGCGUAGCCUCCCAUGCCGGCCAAGGGGCCAUCAAGAGACAAGCCCGGAACCUUAAUCAGACGCCGAGCCAGACGCCACAUUCUCAAGAAGGAAGGUCCUGUCGUUCAGCCCCGUCAUCGGGCCAGUUUAGCCCGAACCCGGGCUUAGUGUAG